AUGUCGGAGCCGCCGCUGGAGGGCGGCGGCGGCGGCUGCGGGCAGGAGUUCGUGCUCGAGAGCACCUUCGCGGCCUGCGACCCGCAGCGCACAGCGCCCCACAGCCGCCAGCGCCAGGCGCCCGCAGGCCGGGUGCGUGCGCGGCGGGUGCUGCAGUUCGUGGCGGCGGUGACCGGGCGCAGCGCGGACGAGCGGCAGCUCCGGGCGCUGCGGCUCAUGCUGGAGGCGGCGGCGGCGGCAGGGGCGGGGCUGGACCGGGCCACGUUCCACAGCGUCAUGGGCCGCUGGAUCCAGCACUGCCAGCGGGGCUCGUGGCUCGGGGAGGAGCCAGAAGCAGCAGCCGGAGACCUUGGACCAGAGGAGGGACCCGCGGCACCGGAGAGCGAGCACGGAGCAGGCACGGGCAGUGCAGCGCUGGAGCUCCUGUCCCGCGCCCAGCACUUGGCCUCCCACAACCGGAAGCUGCAGCGGGACGCGGAGGCCUCCGAGGAGCUCAACUCGCGCCUGGGAGAGGAGCUGCAGCAGCUGCGGGGGCAGCUCCGCUGCACGCAGCAGGCGCUGGAGCGGGCGCGCGCGGCCACCGAGGAGCUGGAGGACACCAAGGCCGCGGUGAAGGGGCUGGAGGAGGAGAACGUGGAGCUGCGGCGCAGGAUGAGGACCCUGGUGGGCGCCGGGGGCACCCCUGGGGAGGUGACACCCACCGCGCCACCGGCGGGCACCCCCAUGUCCCCUUUGGUGCAGGAGAAGGAGCAGAACAGCCUCCGCUCGCGCGCCGAUGGGCUGCAGGAGGAGAACCAGCAGCUGCAGAGCGAGGGGCUGGAGCUGCGGCGGCGGCUGCAGGCGCUGGUGGCCGAGGUGACGCGCCUGGAGGCCCAGCUCUGCCACUGCUCCGACCUGCUGAGGGCCCGCGAGGCCACCAGCACCCAGGCCGGGCAGAGGGUGGCCGAGCUGACGGCAGCGCUGGAGGAGUAUGAGACAGCAGUGAGGGAGCAGCGGUUGGAGGCGACGCGGCUCCGGCACCAGUUGAACCAGCUCCAGGAGACCUGCGGCAUGCAGCUCUGGAGCCUCCCCAGUGACACCCCCAUGGGCCAGGAGGAGCAGGAUGAGGCCGAGGGCACCAGCGGCACCAGCACCACCAGUAUCACCGGUACCACCGCCAGCGGCACCACCAGCAGCGCUGCUGGCACUGCCACCAGUGCCACCAGCGCCGCCAGUGCCGCCACGGACAGCAGCAGUGAGCCCAGCGCUGCUGCCGCUGCCCCCAGUGGCCCCCCCAGUGGCCCCACUGGUGCUCCCAGUGCUGGGCUGGGUGCUGGGGCUGGGGCUGCUGCUGCUGCUCUGGGGGGGCCCGGCCCUGGGGCUGCAGCUGCGGCACCACAGACCCCCCCCCGUGUGAGCCCCCUGUAACCCCCCCAUUUAUCCCCAUGACCCCCCCAUUUACCCCCAUGACCCCCCAAUAAAGUCUUAUUGCUCUCUGC